AUGGGGCUCUCACUUGUCAAUCUCGAAGUUCUUUAUUUAAAUUAUAACAGACUCACAGGCGAUAUUCCAACCUCUAUCAACAAUGCUUCUCAGCUUAUGGCUAUAGAACUGAGCAGAAACUCAUUCACUGGGUCCAUUCCCAACUUUGGCAAUCUAAAACAGCUGCAUGUCCUUCGUCUUAACGACAAUAAUCUGACCGGAGCAGAAUCGCCAAAUCAACAACUAGAAUUUCUCUCUUCUUUAACAAACUGUCCAUAUUUGCUUCGAUUGGAAAUUGGCAACAAUGGGAUGAUGAAUGGUAUCCUUCCGGCUUCCAUUGGAAACUUAUCUACUUCUGUUAUCAGCUUUAGAGCAUCUAACUGCAGCAUCAGAGGUAUUAUUCCUCCUGGAGUUGGAAAUUUAAUUAAUUUGCAGGUUUUGGAAUUAGCCAAUAAUCGACUCACAGGAUUCAUCCCGACAACGAUUGGAAACUUGGAAGGACUUGUGAGGUUAUAUCUAUAUAACAACCGGUUAGAAUGGGGCAUCAUACCAACUACAUUUGGAGCGCGUUGUAGUCUUCAGUCACUCAACUUGAAUCGUAAUAAGUUGGAAGGAGCAUUACCGCGAUCCCUCUCCAAUUGUCGAAGUCUGCAGCUUCUAAAUUUUGGAAACAACAGAAUACAAGACACCUUUCCAGUUUGGACCGGAAAUCUCACUUAUCUUCGUGUCCUCAUAUUGGCAUCCAACAACUUCAGCGGUACCAUUUCUUCUCUCACUUCCAAGGCUACGCUUCCAUUCCCUAACCUGCAAGUUUUUGAUAUAUCACAUAAUGAGUUCACUGGAAAUCUGCCCAAUGAAUAUUUGAGGGAUUUCAAGGCGAUGAUAGAUGCAAGUGUGAAUCAUCGAGGAGAGGAAGAUCAGUCUCCAUUUUAUACAGAUUCAUUGAUAUUAACGGUGAAAGGAUUGAAUCUAUCGUAUGGUACGAUUCUGACAACCUUCUCAACGAUCGACAUGUCAUCCAACAGAUUUUCGGGCAGUAUCCCAACCUCCAUUGGAAAUUUGAAUUCAUUGAUGUAUUUGAAUCUGUCUCACAAUUGCCUCACUGGAAAUAUACCUGCGUCUUUUGGAAACGUGACAGAACUCGAGUCGUUGGACCUGUCUGCAAACCGAUUGGAAGGGGAAAUUCCAACAGAGCUUACAAAGCUUACAUUUCUUGCUAUGAUAAACCUUUCCAUGAAUAAUCUUUCAGGGAAGAUACCUCAAUCCAAUGGCCAGUUUUCCACAUUUGAAAAUACAUCAUAUGUUGGAAAUUCAGGACUUUGUGGAUUUCCGUUAACACGAAAAUGUGAAGAGCCUUCGCCUCCUGUGAUGCUGCAAGAAGAUGGUUAUGAUGAUUAUGGUAUUCUAGAUGGAUUCUGUUGGCAGGCGGUUGUUUCCGGAUAUGGAUUUGGAUUCGUAAUCAGUUGUGUGAUUCUUGGGUAUGGAAGGCCUAAAUGGUUUGUGGAAUGGGUCUAUAGAUUUUAUAGGAUAAAUAUGAGAAGCCGAAGAGGAGAUGUGGCACCACAAAGAAGCUGA